CGCCCGCCCGGGGGCCUUUUGUGCGCCUGCGCGCUCGCGCUCGCCCUCCCGCCCUCUCUCUGCGCUCGGCUGAGUCAGUCAGUCUGUCGGAGUCUGUCCUCGGAGCAGGAGGAGCGAAGGGACUUCCGAGAGCCAGCUGCCCGAUUAUUUUCUUUCCCCUCCCUCUCUCCCGCCCCACAUCUCUCUUCACCCCUCUCCUGCCCUUGCUCGCGCGGCCAUGGCGGAGCCGUCGGCGGCCACUCAGUCUCCGUCCGUCUCGUCGUCGUCCUCCGGGGCCGAGCCUUCGGCGCCCGGCGGCGGGAGCCCUGGAGCCUGCCCCGCCCUGGGGGCGAAGAGCUGCGGCUCCUCCUGUGCGGCCAAUUUCCCAGAUCGUCCUGCUUUUCUCUCAAAGGAAAUGAGUCUACUGGAACAGCAAAUAAAUAAAGAUCAAGAGUCCAAGAACCCAAACGAGGUACCAAGUACAGACGGUAAAACUGAAUUGGAUGCUGAUGACAAGUUCACUUUGCUGACAGCUCAGAAACCACUGACCCAGCAGUCUAAGGCAGAAGGCAUUUGUAAAUAUUCCUUGUCCCCAUCUGAAGUUUCAGGAGGUGGUAUUAUUGAAAAGGAUUCCCCUGAGUCACCAUUUGAAGUAAUUAUUGACAAAGAAGCAUUUGACAAAGAAUUUAAAGAUGUAUAUAAGGAGAGCACAAAUGAUUUUGGUAGCUGGGCAAUGAACACUGAUAAAGAAACAUCUGCAGACAUUUUAGAGUCUAAUGACAAAGUAUUUCCACUGAGAAGUAAAGAGGCAGGGCGUUACCCAACCUCUGCAUUGCUCACUAGACAGUUUUCACACACAACCGCAGCACUGGAAGAAGUGUCUAGAUGUGUGAAUGAUAUGCAUAACUUUACUAAUGAAAUACUGACUUGGGAUUUGGUUCCCCAAGCAAAAGAAGAGAGCUGUAAGUCUGACUACAUCACAAAAACCACAGGACUUGACAUGAGUGAAUAUAAAUCAGAAAUCCCAGUUGUAAAUCUUAAAACUAACACUCACCAGAAAAUUCCUAUACGUUCUAUUAAUGGGAACACUCCCAUCACUAAAUCAGCAGGUGAUUGGGCACAGGAAUCCCUCCCACAAGAAAAUGCUAACAUUGACAAACCUGUACCGGAUUGUCUCAAUUCCACAAAGGAAGUCAGUAUCAAAGGUGUGGGAGGCCAUGCGCAGAAACAAGAUAACACAGUUGCAGAGUUCCCUGGAUCUCCAUUUGACAAAGGUGUCUCUCGGGGUUCUGGAGUGGCCACUGUGAAAGUGGUUUUACCUGAUGGCCACCUGAAAGAUGAAAUGAACUGGCAGAGCGCUGUGUUAGGAGAAGUGACAGAAGCUGAUAGUUCUGGUGAGUCUGAUGACACAGUAAUAGAGGACAUCACAACCAGUGUUUCAUUUGAAGGUAAAAAAAUUCAGGCUGAAAAACCUGUUUCCAUUCCAAGUGCUAUUGUAAAAAGAGAUGAAAGAGAAAUCGAAGAGGCUUUCAAUUGCAAUAGGGAAAACAAAACAUGUGAAACCUUUGAAGGGCCAGUCAGUGACCCUGAGGCAGCACACGUUCAGCCUGAUAUUCCCGAAAGGAGUCCAGUGGGUGAGGCAGCAUGUUCACAAGUACGUGAUCUGAAGAUCAUGUCAGAAGGUGUGCAGCAGUCAGGUGGUAUGAGUGAAGCUGCUGCUGAAAAACAUGUUGCAACUGAGAACCCAACACAUCCUUCAGCUGGAUCUGCAGGUGUUCUUCAUGAGACAGAAUUCUCACUAAAUGUGACAGCCUCUGCCUAUUUGGAGUCAUUACAUGAAAAAAAUGUUGAAGAUGUAGAUGAUUCUUCCCCAGAGGACCUGAUAGCGGCCUUUACAGAAACCAGAGAGAAAGGAAUCAUAGGUAAAGGUGAAGGGAAUGCCUUUGACGCAACAUCAGAGAAGACUAGGGACUUUAAAACAAGUCUUGCUGUGGAAGUCUUGCAUGAAAGUGAGUCAGGUGGUUCUGAAAUUAAAGACCGAAGAAGCGAACACAUGGAACAAAGCAAAGAAACAAAUGGAAGUGAGAUUCUGGGUGUUUUCCCUGCCCGAGGUACUCCAGUGGCAUCUCUUGACUUAGAACAGGAAGAGCUCACAAUCAAAGCCCUUAAAGAAUUGAGUGAAAGGAGGACUGAGAAGUCAGCUUCUGUACAGGGUGAUGUAGAAUCUCCUCCUGAAGAAACACUCGAGCACACUUUCACAUGUGCUCCAGAAUCCUCUUGGCUUCAGAGAGCGUAUGGUGUCCUAGAACACACAGAAGUUAACACUGGAUCUGAUCUUGGGAUUUCCAAGAAGCCCACAAUUGUCACAGAAACUACUAGGGUAGAUAUUAUACCGAGCCUUAGUAAGACUGAAGUGGUAAACAAGCAAGUCCUAGCAAGACUUCUGACGGACUUCUCAGUGCACGAUCUGAUUUUCUGGCGAGAUGUGAAGAAGACUGGGUUUGUCUUUGGCACCACACUGAUCAUGCUGCUCUCCCUGGCAGCUUUCAGUGUCAUCAGUGUGGUUUCUUACCUCAUCCUGGCUCUUCUCUCUGUCACCAUCAGCUUCAGGGUCUACAAGUCUGUCAUCCAAGCUGUACAGAAAUCAGAAGAGGGCCAUCCAUUCAAAGCCUACCUGGAUGUAGACAUUACCCUGUCCUCAGAAGCUUUCCAUAAUUACGUGAACGCUGCCAUGGUGCACAUCAACAGGGCCCUGAAACUCAUUAUUCGUCUCUUUCUGGUGGAAGAUUUGGUUGACUCCUUGAAGCUGGCUGUCUUCAUGUGGCUGAUGACCUAUGUUGGUGCCGUUUUCAAUGGAAUCACCCUUCUGAUUCUUGCUGAACUGCUCAUUUUCAGUGUUCCAAUUGUCUAUGAGAAGUACAAGACCCAGAUUGAUCACUAUGUUGGCAUCGCCCGCGAUCAGACCAAGUCGAUUGUUGAAAAGAUACAAGCAAAACUCCCAGGAAUCGCAAAAAAAAAGGCAGAAUAAGUACAUGGAAACCAGAAAUGCAACAGUUACUAAAACACCACUUAAUAGUUAUAACGUUAUUACUUGUACUAUGAAGGAACGUGCUCAAUGUCAGCUCGAGCCUGCAUUCCAAGCUUCUUUUUCUUAAUUUGGUGUUUUCUCCCCUCCUUUCCCUUUACCCUCAGUAUCAAGCACAAGAAUUGUUGGACUUAAAAAAGAACAGAUGUCUUAGGACCCAAAAGAAUAAAGAAAGAAUCUAAUAGGGUAAAUCGUACCUUAAUGGUGGUGGGGCUUUUACUUGGAGCUUGAAAGGGGAGAGGUUGGAGGUCAAGGAGAAAAUGAAAGAUAAAGCACCGCUCUUGGAUUCUGCUAUCCAGUGUUCAAGGACUAGUCUUAACGCAGCUUCCCGUCAGUUUUACCCUUAUUUUUAAGUUAAGAAAUGAUGAUUAACUUAUGAGGAAAUUAUCCGGGGACAAGAGUGGGAUUCCUUCCCACGGGUCUUUGGCAGCUCUCUGACCCCAUCUUCCUGCCCCACAGUGUGAGCGGCUGCUCCUAACAUUCCUCUUCUUCACGUAAUGAUAGAACUUUCAAGUCUAUGAAUAACUUGUAGGUGAUAGUGUGCAUUCCUGAUUCCCAGAAUGCCAUCUGGUAACCAAGGUUGGAACCGGAAAGUGGGACUGUGAAGGCCCUCCCUCUCCCGCUCAUCCCUAGAAAGGAAAGUUCCCGCCAUUUGGGAGGGUGGUGUCUGUGUCGUUUCUUGUGGGCACCGGUUCUGAGCUUUAGUUUGAGAACUCAUUCCUGAAUGUGCUUUCCUCCUCCUUCCCUGCCCACCUCACCUCGAGUUUAAUAAAUAUGGUUGUACUUUUCUUAUUAUGAAAUAAAUGUCUGUAACUGCUGUAAACUUGUUAGAGAAAAAAAAUAAUCUGCAUGUGGGCUCCUCAGGUGUUGAGUUAUUGUAAUCCUGUCUCAGUCCAUGGGGGGGAAACAUUCUCAAGAGGUGAAUACAGAAACAAAAGGCCUUUUUUGCUUUUGUCUUUUCUCUGCAGCUUCCUCCUUCCCAUGCCACAUCCUUACCCCGUGUUCGUCAUCUUACCCUAAGCACCAAAGCCAAGCUGGCUUGAGAGGAGAUUGUGUGUGUCUGUGGUGGAGAAGCCACAGGUUAGUGUAAGGAAGUGCAUUCUGUGGUUCACGGGGAGCUUUGACUUUGAGGCUAGCCCACGGGUGUGUGUGACAGUUUGAGGCCCCUUCGGCUUCAGGCGCACGAAAUGUCUUAGCGCCUCUGCCAUGGCCCAGGGUGCUCCUUCUGAGAGUGCUUUCCCCGAAGCGUUAGGUAAAGGCGACCAGGCAGGGCCAGCUUGUGUUGAUGGACUCCGUGCACAAUUGAAAGCUAACAGAACAACCCAGACCGACAUCAGAUGGAGGGCGAUCAGGAAUCUGAUUCCUGUUGAGACCGAUCAGUGUCUUUGUCCCCUUCCAACAUGAAAAUUCGGUCACCUUGAAAGAAAAGUCGUCUGAGCUCCUUCAGGUUGUAAACUCCUAGUCAUGAGGGAAUGUGCGCUGGUGACUUUAAAGUAAGGGCUAUAGUGUUUGACGGUCCCAAAGCAGUGCAACUCUGUAGAAGGUAGUGGAAAUUUUCUUUCUACUGUUUUGGAGAAGUUACUUCAGCAUUUAGAUGGGUAAAAGGUACCCUUGCCUUACUCCAUUUUCCUGUUUUCUUAGCCCUCUUUCCUUUUGAACUUUUAAGCUGAUUUCAUGUCGGAGUCAGAAACAUAUUCUCCAUCCUAUCUCAUGCCCUCCCAGGAAGUCAGUGCACUGAUCAACUUUUUGGGCUUCCCCUCCAAAGGACCCUAUUCUGCACUGGAAGCCUCCACACCUAGCUGUUUUGUUUUGUUACUGCUGUAUUUAGGUAAUUGGACAGAUCUUUGUGCCACACAGGAGUUGUUUUUUUUUUUUUUUUUUCUUAAGAAAAACCCAUAGGUGAAAUAU